UUGCAUUUUGACACCCAUGUCGUCGACCGAUGGCGCGACCGAUCUGCUGCUGGAUAAUGGCCAAGCCAAGUGGAACACCGUCAAGCUCGGCAUGCCAUCACCUAGUGCCGUGGGCCACAAGGUCGUGUUGGACUCGAUCCGCCCAGACUACGAGCCGAGUGCCCCCAACUCGCUCGUCGCGCUACGAAAACGUCCCGCGGUCGCGAAUCCGUACGCGCAAACGUUUCCUCACAUUCCAAAGUCCCCUCCUCGGCACCACUGCCACGCUCCUUCCUCCGGGUCCACGUCGCCCGUAAAGACGACCGUCUCAACUGACCUUCCACCGUGCCCUCGACCAACAACGACACCUUCCACACCAUCGUUGCUGCCUUCGACGAACCAUGUCACAUUUCGAGAGCUUGCGAUUGUAGCCCCCAAGCCUCGCAAAAAUCACACCACGACGCUGUCGUUGCCCAAACCGACCUCCCGAGCAUCCGCGUCGUCAUUCUGGGACCACAGUCCGAUGCCUGCAGCCCCUCGGUUCGUUCCUGGCCUUCGGUCGGACGACUUGAAGUCGAGUCGUCAGCUGGCUCGCCAACGACGGGACUUGGACGCCGUCGCGCACCGGUUGAGCAAGCACGAACGCUGCGGUCCCACGCUUGCCAGUACUUUGGACGACGACCAGUUCACCACCGACCUGGCGACGAUUACGACGCUUGCGCAGAGCUACGCAACCCUCGGUGACUCUGCCACCGCGUGGAAGUAUCGGGGGUUUGCGCUACGAGCACUCGGGGACCGGCACAUGCACAUGUUCGUGAAGAACUUGACACUGCAGUUCUACAGCGACGCCGUCCAGGAUUUUCAGCGGGCGUGCACGCAAUUUGAAGCUCUGGCAGCAUGGCACGUGCAAUCUCGGGAAGGCCGAGACGUCGCGCCUCAUCACAUUCUGGCCGACGAUGAAAGACUGGAACUGCUCCACCUGGACGCAACGCGCGUGGUCCAGGCAUUCGCCGCACACGCAGCCACGACGUCGUUGAAGCAUGCUUACUUUGCCGUGUCGGAAGCAAAGACUAGCCGCACAGGCGUGAGCAACCAUAUUCGAGUCGCAUGCGAGAUGCUUUCGAUUGCGUAUACCGCGUUUGCGUGGCUCGAUCUGGAUACCGUGCACUUGGGGUUCGUCCACUCGAGCAUCGACGCGGCCCAGCACCGCGCCAACUUGCGCGCCGCGUUGUCGCAUGUCGCCAUGGAGCGACAUGCCGCCCUCGAGUCCGAGUGGGCGAAGCAUCGAAUGGACUUCAACAAGCAGGCUGAGAGCUUCCUGCACAUUUCCAAACAGGCUCAGUCCCUGCGCAUCGCGCCCAAGGACAACGUUACCGUGCUCUCGACCAAAGUCGCUGCGUCGAACGUUGAAAAGCGCGCGAUGGCGGCUGUGGUCCAGGUUAUGCACGGCACGGGGGGGAAUUACGUGGUGCGGGGGCACGGCCAACACGUGAAGGAAACGGAGCAAGUAAAGAAGAUGUCGCGCAAGUCCAGCCGCCGCCGCGUGCCAUUGUCUCAGCAUGCCACGACAUCGAACCGCGACGUCGUGCUGAGCACUUUGCUCGCAGAGAAGCGAACGAAAGCACAGAAAGCUCUCUUCGACGAAGACCUUGUGUUUGCGAGUGUCGCUGCCGAAAACGCUGCCAUGGCCAACGCGCAGAAUGCCGCGACAAGAGAGCUCCAAGCGUGGUCGAGUACGCGGGACGAGUGCGACGCGAUGGACGCCGAGUGUGCGCUAUCGUUGGCAGUCGAGUUGAUGAACGAUACGAACAAGGCGACGCAAAAGCAGAACGUUGCGCGAUACGUUGAAGGCGUGAUCGCCGCCGCCGUGCGACGAUGCGUUCGUCCAGCCGUCAUGACUCCGCGUGGUGACGAAAUUGACGACGACACAACGACGAUUGAAGAUGAAACGAGAGAGCACACAAUGGCAAAAGCGUUCUUCGCAUCCGACGUCGAAGCUCAACGAGCAGCCCUUGCGAAUGAAGUCGAGGCGUGCAAGGCCAUGUUUGCUAAGCGGGUCGCAGACAGCGACGAGCAAGUGCGGAAGAUGUGUCUCAAGCUGCAUGAGCGCGCGUUCGCAGAAGACAGCAUCGAAGACUUGGUCUACGAAUCGCUGCAGGACGAUAAGGUGGUGGCCAUUUCGUAUCACCGUCCAUCGACGCCGCCUCAGGCAGAUCAAAGUUGUCGGCAGUUUUGAGUGCAAAGGUUUCGGGUCAAGGGAUUAAUAUUUAAACUAUGAAGCGCACA